AUGAUCUACCUAGACGCGUUAACAUCAUAUCCAAUUUGGGCAUUGAUACUAGUAUUUGUUGGUAUACUGAUGCUUGUUUACGGAGUAUUUUUAUUAUCUCAUGUGAAUGAGGAAGUACCAUCUUCAGACAUCGAUGAUGAAAAUUCGAUUCACGGAGAUGAUGAUGAUAAAUUAAGUGGGUUUAGUUCAUGGAGUGGUGAUUCUUUAUUUAACAAGAAACCAUAUCCAGCAAUAACCGGAAGAAACAAGUGGACGGGGGGUGGGGUAAAAGGCUUAUUCAAGAAAAACAGUGAAAGCAACAUACAAGGCGAGAAAGGGGGUGUAAAAGGGGAAUUUAGGAAAUUUGGUAUGAAGGAAGAAAAGAUUAAGAAUAAACUUGUUACUGAAAAUGUAAAUGAAAAGAAAACUAUGACCGAAAAUGUCGAAAAAGGUGGUUUGGCCGUUUGA